AUUAAGCAACAUCUCAAAAUCCAACUCAUAUCCAGGUCUUUUGCUUUCAUCCAUGACAAUUUGUUUGAAGUCAACCCUUCAAAUCCCAAACUUAAAAUAGCAUCAAAACCUUGGCGUCACCAAGUGGAUAACGUUUAAGAUUCUUCCAUCUUUAUAAGAACUCAAACCUUUGCAUUUUGUAAAAACUUUGUUUCCACAAUGAUUUAUCAAAAAGAGAAACUUGAUUUGGUGUUGGUACCAAGUGGGCUUAUAGUCAUGUUUGGAUACCACCUAUGGCUUCUCUAUAGAUGUCUAAAUUGCCCUCAUACCACCAUUAUUGGCUUUGAAAACCAUGACAAGAAAGCUUGGGUUGACAAGGUUAUGCAGAUGGACAAAAACGCCCUUUCGAUACCUCUAAGCGUGCUUUCCUCCAACAUAUCAGCAGCAAUGGUCUUAUCAUCAAUAUGUCUAACUCUUUGUGCAAUCAUCGGCACGUGGGCAGCAAACCGCUCCUCGGUAUUUGAAAGCACGUUGAUCUAUGGAGACACAAGUUCGUCGACUAUCUCAAUGAAAUACAUGUGCCUACUACUUUGUUUUCUCUUGGCCUUUGCUUGUUUUGUUGAAUCCACAAGAUCAUUGAUUCAUGCUACAUAUUUAAUAAGUAUACCGAGUAGCAAUGUGCCUACAAAAUCAGUUGAACUGGCUGUAAUUAGGGGUGGGGGAUUUUGGUCACUUGGGCUUAGGGCUCUUUAUCUAGCAUUAUUGUUGUUAACAUGGUUUUUCGGACCGAUUCCAAUGUUUGCAACGUCAUUAAUGAUGGUUUGCGUGCUUCAUUUUCUUGAUACUAACAAUAUGCCGUUGCAUUUGCAUCGAGCAUCAGAGAAGAGCACUGGAUUAAGGCCCGUUGGUCGACUAGUUGCCCAAGCCUUGCCGGAGUAAGGAUUGGUCUUCAAAAUGUUGUUUAAUGAAUUCUCCUAGUCUAGUCAAGAUAAUUAAAUUUAGUAUAAAUUCUUUUAAAAGGAUUGAUGUAACUACUAACACACGGGUUAAUAUAUCUCGGUUAAAUAGCUAAUGUAACCCGAAAUUAUAUCUUGGGAGUCUGGUUAGACGUCUAAUGUAACCCAUUGGUCAAGUGACGAGUUAAUGAACCCCAAUCUUGUCUCAGUUUAUUGGAUUAAAUUCAGCAUGUGUUCGUUGUUUAAAAGAUUUAUGUCCUAGUUGCCUUUAUAGAAGAGACUUUCCUUGCAUUUAGCCCUAAA